AUGAAGCGACGCGCGAGCACGAUUAGCACAAGCAGUGAUAGCUCGGCUAGCGCGGUGGACGAUCUUCCGAUCUCCACGGACCCGACACUAGUAGCGACGGAGACGGUGACAGUGGAAGUGGAGGAGGAGGAACCGUUCGACCCUCCACCAGAGCUCGUCUCAGCGUACGAGUCGCUGAUGAAGGAGCGCGUCGACCUCGCCGACAUUACGCCGAUACCAGCCCUCGAUGUCUCCUCUACUCCCGUUGCCCCAGUCGGCCCAGUCAACCCCGCAACUGCAGCGACAACGGACGCCGAGGCGGACGCCGCGGCAGAAGCAGCCCUCGGCCGGCCGAUGACGAAAGCCGAGAAACAGAAUGCAAAGAAGAAACGGCGAAAGGAGCGCGAGAGGGCCAUGAAAGCGGCCUUGGAGGCUGCUGCUAAGCCCGAGGCGCCGCCGCUGCCAAAGAAUGAUAUUGUUCUCCGGUUUGAGCUGACAUCAGGAUUCCCGCUGUUCGCUGCGCCCGUCGACGUGAACCUGGACGAUACGGAGUACUACGAAGUGACGCGGAACCCGCGCCUGACCCCUCUCUCCACGGAGAUGAGGGAGCGGAUAGCGCGGCUGGCGACGGAGGCGGAGUGGGCGCACGAGCACUACCCCUCCCUCCCCCCGGCACGAUCGGAGCAGCACAAGAUCUGCACGAAAGCAAAGGAGCUCCCGCGCAGCUUUGUCGCGCAUUUCCCCGAGUCCAAGCUCGCAAAGGGACACGGGUGGAGCCACAUCAACGUCUUCCUACCUCCUGUCGCCGAGCCCGAGGAGAAAGAGGAGAUGAGCAAGAGCAAGCGGCGCAAAAUAAGGCGGCAGAAUGCAGCGUGGCGCGAGACGGUCGUCGGCGACUUGUACCGUUCAGGCAAGGCGAACGGGUAUGGCUGGAACUUCUAG